GGGCCCCGCCUCCUCCUGCAGGCUGUGGCCGGGGAAAGCUUCAGGGAAUCAGGAUGCAGUCAGCUCCAAGUGUCGGUUCGACGAAGACCUCGGACGGGACGGUCCAGCCCAGAGAUCAUGCUCAGAACCCCGGGCAGCGGGUGAACCGAGCCGGCAUGGACUAACCGGGGCGGAGGGGGUCCCGCUCCAGUCCAGGCAGGUGGCGCCAUGGCAGCGCGGCUCCUGGACCGCCUGAAGCGCUCUCUGUUUAAGGACGGCCAGGGAGCGGAGCAGGAGGCGGGAGGCGGACCGGAGGAGGAGGGCCUCACCAAGGAGUGGUGGGAGGCGGAGCUGGAGGAGGAGGAGGAGUGCGUGACGGAGCGCCUCAGGGGAACGCUGUGCUUCCACGGCGGAGAGUUGGGACCCGAGGAAGGAGGCGAGGACAGCGACUCGGACUACCUGGGGGAGUCGAUGGAGGAGGGCCUCAGCAGCACAGAUGCCAGCCCGGUGGGCGUGUCCCCAGUUGGCCCCGCCCCCUCCUCCAUGCUGACGCGGCAGCUUCAGGACAGCUGGAGGAGCCUGCGUGGGCUGGGAGGGGCGGGUCCCGGCCACGGCGUGCGGCGGCAGGCGGACGGCCUGAUGUUCGAGGUGACGGACGCCAGCGUGGUGACGGACGGCGGCUCUAAAUACGUGCUCUACACCGUCCACGUGAUCCAGUCCGGCGGCAGCGACAAGACCCCCGCCGUCAUCACGCGCCGCUACUCCGACUUCCAGCGCCUCCACGCCACCCUGAGGCGUAACCACGGCGACCAGAUGGAGCGCGUCUCCUUCCCACGGAAGAAGCUGCGCAGGAACUUCACGGCUGAGACCAUCGCCAAGCGCAGCCGCGCCUUCGAGCAGUACCUGUCUCACCUGUGUUCCCUGCCCGUCCUGCGGGGGGCGCCCUGCGUGCGGCAGUUCUUCUACCUGAGCGACCUGCAGGACGCCCAGCUGCUCAUCAGGGCCGGCCGGUUCCAGGAGGCUCUGGGUCCGCUGCUCAACGCCAAGAGGCUGCAGCACAAGCUGGGCUGGGCGGGUCACCGUGACGACGAGACGCAGGCCCCGCCUCCGGGCUCCUCCCAUUGGUUCUUCACCUUGGUGGGGCUGCAGUGCUGCUUCCAGGAGGUGGAGCAGCUGGAGGAGGCCUGGGAGCACUGCGACCACGCCCUCCGUGUGCUCGUCCCCGCCGAGACCCAGACCGGGCCGGAGAUCAAGCCCCUCCCCCCGCAGGACAAGCCCCUCCCCCCGCAGGACAAGCCCCUCCCCCCGCAGCCGGACGCGCCCCACUCCCUGCUGCUGCCGCUGCUGCAGGCGGGGGUCCGGCUGUCGUGGCAGACGGGAAGAGACAAGCAGCGGUGGGAGGAACAUCUGCAGCAGCUGGAGGAGCAGCAGGCGGCGCCGGACGACCGCGGGUCGGUCCGGGACUUCCUGCUCAGACACAAGCUGCAGGGCAGCGGGGACGGCUGAAGCUGCGCAGCGUGAUACGAGCAGACCGGAGGCUUUCAGAAUAAAAGCCCGAUAUCUGCGGGGAGACCAGGUAAAAGACCCGAUCGGACCUGACCACCUGGUUCCGGUUGGAGAAGCCAAGGCUGGAAUGGUUUCCUCUGAGAUGUCCGGUUUUAUUCUGAAGUUCUGUUUAGUUCUCCUCUUGCCGAGUAGAACUCUGCAUCAGAACCUCCUGACGCUGCCUGGGCGGUUCUGCAGAGACCCGAAGGACCGCUGGUUCCGGGUUGUUCACCAGGAAACUUUUGCACAGGAAAAAUAAAAGCAAUCAAACAGUUUACGGUUCUGUUGAGGAGUAAAUCUGAAGGGUUCUCCUCAGACGGCGCUGGUCCGGCCCAACAGGAAGUCUGGGAGCUGAGGGUCAGCUGUAGAGCGCCCCCCGGUGGAGCCUGACGUCCAGCAGGUAGUUUCCACCUUUAAGGCUGGAAGGCCUGGCGGAGCCUCGUUUAAGGUAAAACACGUGGGCGUGGCUCCCAGGUGAUGACCGGACAGAAAUGCACCUGAGGAGCUUAACGUGACGGCAGACUGGAGAUGCUGGAGAGGUUUAACGAGGAAAAGGGAAUAACGAGGGAGCAGAGCAGCACCUGGUGGACUCUGUCAGGGAAUAAAAGAGAAUAAAAGGGAAUUAAAGGGAAUUAAAGAGCGUAGCCUGCAGGUUCACUUCCACACAUCCUAACAGAAACCAGGAUUCAUCGAUAGAUUUCAUCCUCUGUUCUCUGCUGCUCCCAAACUCAGUGAGUCUAUGGCCCUUUCUGUUUGAUGAUGAUGAUGAUGAUGAUGAUGAUGAUGAAGCAAGCUUUUUCCAUGGAGACGUCACCUUUAAGGUUGCAUAUUUCAGCUUUAACAUCAUCCAUCCAUCAGUUCUGAGUUAAAUCCUCUUAACUGAGGCACAUGCAGUUACAGGUUGGGUCCAGCAGGGGGCAGAGUGGGCAGUAACCUGGACUUCCUGCUUUUUGGGCCUUUUCCCCACAGUUUUAGUUUUAAUGUCACAUUUCUAGCUCCACAUGUCUGUAAUUUUAGAUCAUAUAAUGGAGAAUAUCUUUUACACGUCAUUUUAAAACUUCGCCGGUCUGUGGAGUCGUUUUAUUUCACCAAGAGGUCAGAGAUUUCUAGCUUUGUCACGAGAAAGGGAAAAUAAACUUUAACUGUUUAUUAAAGUCAUUUAGUGUUAGGUGAAUGUAGCGUCCAGAUUUAUCAAUUUACCGUUCAUAAAAAUCGCCUUUUCAGAGUUUACUAUGUGCAGAAAGAUUUUCUUUGUUACAGUUUGGUGUUUAUAAUAUCUGCAAAAUGCUGUUUUUAGUCAAAAUAAACUUUAAAAUCAAUCAGA